AUGGCCGUGGACAAAACAAAACCUAUUUCCAUCUUGGGGGCAGGAGCCUCGGGUUUAUCAACUGCACUUCAUCUUAUUGAGGCAGGAUACACGGAUGUAACUGUGUUCGAUCAAGCAUUCGAGAUUCCUUCGCAAUAUUCUGGAGCGUACGACUUGAAUAAGAUAAUCCGGGCUGAGUAUGAAGAUGAGUUCUAUACUGGGCUAGCCCUUAUCGAAACCCUUUGCUUCGAGCAAUCGCCUUUCCGUUGGUUUAUCGGCAAUUCUGUGCUGGUCGGAACCCUGUGGAGAUUCGCCAGCAGAUGGCAGAUAGUCGACGACUGGGAUUCCGGCGUAGUGCUGUGUUACGGCAAAGAAGUCCAGAUUGUGGCGGAUCAGACUCUACUGAGCGGGGAUGAUGGCUCGACGAGUUCGAUGAACGCCGAAAUCGAUCAAUGGAGAAACGGGAAUCUGGAGACUUUAGAUAUGAUCGAAGAGGGAGAUUGGCUGGGCAUAAAAUAUACGGGAGCCGGCAACCACAUCACCGGAGCUUUGAUGCAAGGCCACCAGGCUCCUCCAAAGUUCAUUGAAGCCAUGGAACAGAUCUGUGAGCGCGCAACCACCAGAGGAUGCCGGAUAUGGAUCGACGCAGAGCAACAGUUCUUGCAAGCGACCAUAGAUCAGUGGACCUUUGACUUCAUGCGUCGUUUCAAUCGUCCGGAACAACGCGCUCUGAUAUACAACACGGUCCAAGUGUACCUUAAAUCAUCAAGGGAUAAGAUCGACCACCAACUGCAACUUGCUCAAAAAGAAGGAUGGCGGUCAGGGAUCAAGCUCGUUCGAGGUGCAUAUAUCAGCAACGAUAUCCGAGAGAGAAUCCACGACACGAAAGCCGAAACAGAUGCGUCGUACAAUGGUAUCGUCCAAGAUGCCCUCAAAGGAGAAUUUCCAGCAUUGGCCGGUACUCAGACAGCUCAAUUUGACCUGUUGUUGGCGGGUCAUAACACCAAGACCAUUCGUACAGCCACUCGUCUGGCGACAGAAUUGGCAGCUCAGUCAAGAUUGAAAGUGGUUCCCGAAUUUGACAACUUCAGGGAAUGGCUGAUGACAUCGGUUGCGAAUUGCUCCAAGCGGCAGACGAUGUCAAACAGCAAGAUGAAUCAUCUCGAGAGACGGCUUUUGUUCCAAAAGUGUACAAAUGUCUGA